GUGGUGAGGUUUGGAACCACUAAUCCGGUUGUACACCCAACACCAUGGUUGAGACCCGCGGUGGGACUAGCACUAGCCCCUACACUCAGGAGCAGCAAGAGAAGAUGGACGCCAUAGUGAAGGAAAACAGAGAGAGGAAGGAGUUUCUGAAGCAAGCGAAGCUAAAGGCUAUCGCAAAGGAGCAGGCGGCAAAGAUGAAGGAGUUAGAGGAGGAGAUGGAGAGGAAGAAGAAGGUUGUUGAAGAAGAAGCGGCAGCAGAAGCAGAGGAGGAAAGGAAACGAAAGAGAAAAGAAGCAGAGAGCAGUGGCAUGAUGAAAGAAGAAGCAAAGAUGAAGAAAAAAAAAAGUGAGUGGAUCGCUAAUUUAUCGUUGGGGGAAGAUGAGGAGGUAGAGUUUUACGUCCCAAAGGACGAGAGGGAUGCGUUGGCCAGCGAACUAGCACCGAUGGAGGACCCUCUGGAACGAAGGGAAAGAGAAGAGGAGAAGAAAUUGGAAUGGAAGCUGAGGAUGAAGAGAGAGAAGAAGAAGAGGAGGGAGGAAGUUAAUAGUUUGACCGCAGAAGUGGCAAAGGUGCAGGACUGUAGGUGAGAAGUGGGGGCACAGGCAGAUGUUUCUGCCAAGAUGGA